CUCCCUUCCCUUCGCACGUGGUUGCAGAUGGCUGCUUCCAGAAGGCUGCUGGAGCAGGAAGAGCUCGCUUAAAGGGGUUGUUGCAAUCCAGUUGCCUUUUGGGAGUUGGAAAAGGAUAUUGGAGACCUGCGGAAGAUUAAACUCCAAUCCUCUGAGCUCUGUGAGUUGCUGUCCCCGGCUGGUGCUGCGUUCUUCAACCAUGGCUGAAGGAGGAGCUGACGGCAACCAGCCGCCCCGGGAACAUCCCCGCAGCCUCCAGGGUUUGUUGCAGAUGGCAGUGACUUCGGGAACUGCUGAGCCUGGUCCAAUGGAGCCCAUGUCAGAUGAGCGGCGGCAGUGGUUACAGGAGGCCAUGGUGGAGGCAUUCCGGGGGCAAAUGGACGAGGUCGAGCAAAUGAAAGAAUGCCUUCAGCUGCUGGAACCUUCAACCCCUGGUGCUGAGCGUGGGGAGAGUUCAAAUGAAACCCAAUCGGACCUCGAUCAGCGAAAGGGUGCCUUGGACAUCCUGGCGGAGUUGUGUGAAAACAUGGACAAUGCUGCAGACUUCUGCAAACUGGAGGGCAUGCGGUUGCUGGCCCAUCGAUACCUGGAGCACGAGGAGCAAGAGCUGCGCUGGCGGGCAGCCUACCUGGUGGGAACCUGCGCCCAGAACGUGCCCAAAGUGCAAGAGCAGGCCUUGGCACUGGGAUGUAUGAGGAAGUUGCUGCGGCUUUUGGACCAGGAUCCCAGCGAGGCUGUCCGGAUCAAGGCCCUCUUUGCCAUCUCCUGCUUGGUUAGAGCCCAGGAAACUGGCUUGCAGCAGUUCCUACGUCUCGAUGGGUUCUCUGUCCUCAUGAGGGCCAUGCAGAGUAACGUGCAGAAGCUGAAGGUGAAAUCUGCUUUCCUCCUACAGAACCUUCUCAUAGACCACCCAGAGCAGAAAGAGGUUCUCUGUUCCAUGGGAAUGGUCCAGCAGUUGGUGGCCCUGAUCCGUUCUGAACACAGCACCUUCCAUGAAUACGUCUUGGGAGCAUUGUGCAGUCUCGUGACAGAUUUUCCUCAAGGUGUGCGAGAGUGCCAAGAACCAGAGCUAUCACUUGAGGAACUAUUAAAAGAGCGGUGCCAGCUACUCAAGGGUCAGGAGGAAUUCCAGGAGGAACUGGACUUCUGCGAGACUUUGCUGCGCCUUUGCUUCUGCAGUCAACCUGAUGAAAGCAGCAUGGACCGGUAACUUGGCUUCCCUCGCUCCCACUCAGUGCUGUGGAAGUUCAGGCUUUUGCACUUGGAGCUGUGACAGUUGGAGCCACUCGAUGGAAAACGCCCGUGUUUAUCCUUCAUUCAGCAACAGGCUGGAGUCACAGGAGACCUGUCUCUGGAAUAAAAUACUGAGCCCGUUGGCCUCAUGAUCAGCAGGAAGACACUUUCAUAACCUGUUGCUAUGUAAUUUCCUCUUCCCUGGGCUCUGGAAGCUAAUGCGCCCUGGCCCCAUCCAGGCUUCACUGUGCUAGCCUGCCUUCUAAGUAGCCAAAGAGCCAACGUUUGUAAUUAGCAGUCAAGAUCUGUGUUUAAACUGGGAAAUUAGUCCUGUUUCUUAUCGUAGCACUGCUUUUUCUCCAUAGAGAGACUUAACAGGGGAUGGUUGUUGAGGAGAAUGGGGUGCUGGUGGAAUUGAGUGCCUUUUAAUUUCUUUCUUGAAUUCGUAUUACGAAUGUGGGUGGCUAAACCAUUAUCUCUUUAGAUGCAGGAUUGUCAUGGGUGGGGGCCAGGUGCUCUACAGACAAUAGUAUACUGGAUUGCUUAACUGGGAGCAUCUAUUCAAACGGGCAGGGACAGUUUUUGGGAAAGGUGUCUAUUUAGAGUAUAAAGCGACUCUCCCACUGGAUAAAGGCAUAUACCUAUGCUUAUUACAAAAAUAUGUCUCAAGUGGGAUAAAUGGGGGAAAGUCUGUGAAACAAGAAAUUGAGAAAGAGCGUAGGACACUUGUACCUCCAAAGAAAAUACCUUUUUGCUUCUUAAAGAUCUGAUGAAAGCCCUUUCUUCUCUCUAACCAUUAAGAGCCCUUCCACAUAGCCUUAUAUCCCAGAAUACCAAGGCAGGAAAUCCCACAAUAUCCACUUUGAACUGGGUUAUCUGAGUCCACCCUCCAAUAAUGUGGGAUUUUCCGCCUUGAUAUUCUGGGAUAUAGGGCUGUGUGGAAGGGCCCUAAGAAACACAGUGGGCCUGUCUUUGGGCAGUUGAUCACCCAUCUAAUUGGAGUGAUAGGUGUUUCUUUAUGAUUUGUGGCAACUGGGUAUACUCCGACUGCUUGAAUUUCCCAUCACUGUCAUUUGCUGUUGCCAUGUUCUCUGCAUAUGUUUUAUUUUAGUUCUUUUAAAGAAUGAAUUUAUGUUUUGGGUGAAAA